AUGCAUUACCUCAGCAUCAUCGCCCUGACCGUCACUUUGACUGGCGUUAGCAACGCGGCACCUCAUGUUACCCGGCAGGCCAUCAACGGUUCUGACUGUGGAUUUGAUUUCCAGUGCUUGAGUAACAACUGUCACAAUGGUGUCUGCCAAGAUCCUUCCCGUGGAACGGCUGUCAAUGGAUCCGACUGCGGUUUUGAUAAUCAAUGCCUCAGUGGAAACUGCCAGAACGGCAUCUGCCAAGACCCUGAGCCAAAGCAGACCACGGGAUCAGCUGUCAAUGGCUCCGACUGCGCCUUCAACGACCAGUGUCUGAGCGGGAUCUGCAAGAGAGGUAUCUGCCAGGCUCUGCAAAAUGGAACGGCCAUCAACGGUUCUGAUUGCGGUUUCAAUGGCCAAUGCCUGAGUGGAAGUUGCCAGAAUGGUACAUGCCAGGACCCAAAGUCUAAGCCGAGUGGUGGGUCGGCUGUUAAUGGUUCUGACUGCGGAUUUGAUGAUCAGUGUUUGAGCGGAAAUUGCCAGAACGGUGUUUGCCAAACCCCUGAACGUGGAUCAGCUAUAAACGGCUCGGAUUGUGGUUUUAACGAUCAGUGUUUGAGCGGAAACUGCCAGAAUGGUGUAUGCCAAGAACCUCGUGGUGGAGCUUAG